AAGCGAAAUGGAAAACCUUUUGGAGAAAGGGAAAACAUUUAUCGGACACAAAAAAAGUGGAAAUUAUAUAAAAAGAAAAUUUAGAAAAAAAAAAAAAAAGGAAAUAUCCAGUGACCACUGGCCACUCCAAACACUCUUAUAAAUAUCCGCAAAAAUUUCUGUUUAUUUGUUUCGUUCCGUCAUUCUCUUUCCUCUCACACGCACAUCACCGUAAACAGAAAACAAAAAGACCGAUGUUAUGUCGACGCUUACCGUAGAGCCGCUUCUCCGAUUUUCCGGUAGAGAAAAAUCGUUGCCUAUCGGUUCUAGGAAGAUCCUGAAACCUUCUUCUUUGAAUUUCUCUAAAAAGCUUCUCCUCUCUAAUGGCUCCAGCUUCUGCAACUUCAAGCGCUCUCCUCCUCUCUCUCACACAGUCCGAGCUAGCUCCACCACCGAUACGGCUCUUAUCGAAACGUUUAAAUCGGCUGAUGUUUUAUUUAAGGAGACCUUUUCUCUCUCUCGAACUGAAACGAUUGAGGGAAAGAUUUUCGUGAGAUUAGAUAAGGAGGAGAAAGAUCAACAACGUUGGCAGCUUAGCGUAGGAUGUAGCCUUCCAGGGAAAUGGAUUCUUCAUUGGGGAGUUUCUUAUGUGGGCGACGUCGGCAGUGAAUGGGAUCAACCUCCUAAGAAUAUGAGACCACGUGGAUCUAUUUCCAUAAAGGACUACGCAAUAGAGACACCAUUGGAGAAAUCAUCGGAGGCAGAUAUGUUUUAUGAAGUGAAGAUUGAUUUAGAUCCCAACAGUUCAAUCGCAGCUAUAAAUUUUGUAUUAAAGGAUGAAGAAACAGGAGCUUGGUAUCAGCAUAAAGGAAGAGAUUUCAAGGUGCCUCUUGUGGACUACCUUCUCGAAGGUGGAAAUGUAGUUGGAGCAAAGAGAGGCUUCAGUAUCUGGCCAGGGUCUCUCCUUUCUAACAUGCUUCUCAAAACUGAAACGCUUCCUUCUAAAGAUGAAGAUAACAACAGUGAGACCAAAGAUGUGAAACAAGACAGUGGACAGCUAAAAGGUUUCUAUGAAGAGCAGCCUAUUACUAAACAAGUUACCAUUCAAAACUCAGCUACUGUAUCAGUUACUAAGUGCCCUAAGACAGCCAAGUAUCUUCUUUAUUUAGAAACUGAUCUACCUGGAGAAGUUGUUCUUCACUGGGGAGUUUGCAGAGAUGAUGCUAAAAACUGGGAAAUUCCUUCUAGCCCACAUCCACCAGAAACAACUGUGUUUAAGAACAAGGCUUUGCAGACUAUGUUACAGCCAAAUGAUGGUGGAAAUGGAUGCUCGGGAUUGUUUAGUUUAGAUGAAGAAUUUGCUGGCUUUCUUUUUGUUCUGAAGUUAAAUGAGGGCACUUGGUUGAAAUGUAAGGGUAAUGACUUCUAUGUCCCCCUCUCAACUUCAAGUAGCUUGCCUACUCAACCUGGACAGGGGCAAUCUGAAGGCGUACUAGCAUCUGGGAAAGAUGCUGAAGGAAAUGAAGAAGUUUCUCGUACUGCAUAUACUGAUGAGAUAAUUGAUGAAAUAAGGAACUUAGUAAAUGGCAUUUCCUCUGAGAAGGUUCGUCAGACAAAGACAAAAGAAGCACAGGAAAGCAUUCUUCAAGAAAUUGAGAAGUUGGCUGCUGAAGCCUACAGUAUCUUCAGAAGCUCCAUUCCUACCUUCACUGAGGAAUCUGUUCUAGAAUCUGAGGUAGAAAAGGCUCCUCCUGCUAAAAUUUGCUCAGGGACAGGGACAGGGCAUGAAAUAUUGCUCCAAGGUUUUAACUGGGAAUCAAAUAAAUCUGGAAGAUGGCACAUGGAACUCAAAGAAAAAGCUGCAGAAAUAUCUUCACUUGGAUUCACUGUGAUUUGGUUGCCCCCGCCAACAGAAUCUGUGUCACCAGAAGGUUACAUGCCAAAGGAUUUAUAUAAUUUGAAUUCCAGAUACGGAAGUAUUGAUGAACUGAAGGAUCUUGUGAAGAGCCUCCAUCGAGUGGGUCUUAAAGUUCUUGGAGAUGCUGUCUUAAACCACCGUUGUGCACACUUCCAGAAUCAAAAUGGUGUAUGGAAUAUAUUUGGGGGUCGCUUAAAUUGGGAUGACCGGGCCAUUGUUGCAGAUGAUCCACAUUUCCAGGGUAGAGGCAGCAAAAGUAGUGGAGAUAAUUUUCAUGCUGCGCCAAACAUUGAUCAUUCACAAGACUUUGUGAGGCAGGAUCUAAAAGAAUGGUUAUGCUGGCUAAGAGAUGAAAUUGGAUAUAAUGGAUGGAGGCUUGAUUUUGUCAGAGGAUUUUGGGGUGGUUAUGUCAAGGACUACAUGGAGGCAACUGAACCUUAUUUCGCUGUUGGUGAGUACUGGGAUUCCCUCAGUUAUACAUAUGGUGAAAUGGAUCACAAUCAAGAUGCUCAUCGGCAGAGAAUAAUUGAUUGGAUCAAUGCUACCAAUGGAACUGCUGGUGCAUUUGAUGUUACCACAAAGGGGAUCCUUCAUUCAGCACUGGACAGGUGUGAGUACUGGCGGUUGUCGGAUCAGAAGGGAAAGCCUCCUGGAGUCGUGGGAUGGUGGCCAUCUCGUGCUGUUACCUUCAUAGAGAAUCACGAUACUGGUUCUACUCAGGGUCACUGGAGAUUUCCUAAUGGAAAGGAGAUGCAAGGAUAUGCUUACAUCUUGACCCAUCCAGGAACGCCGACUGUUUUCUAUGACCACAUCUUCUCUCAUUAUCGGUCUGAAAUUGCAUCUCUUAUCUCUCUCAGAAAGAGGAAUGAAAUCCACUGCCGGAGUUCAGUUAAAAUUACGAAGGCAGAAAGGGACGUGUAUGCAGCCAUCAUAGAGGAGAAAGUGGCAAUGAAAAUUGGACCAGGUCAUUAUGAACCUCCAAGCGGGAAAAAUUGGUCCAUGGCCAUUGAGGGAAAAGAUUACAAGGUUUGGGAAGCUUCAUAAUGCGGCUAUGUUGAUAUCAAAAUACAUCUUGGGAGUAUAUAAAGGUAAAAAGUGUCCACUGUGAAGUACACACAAAUUUAGUUAUGAAGCAAGUUGAAGGACAUUGAAGCAGGAUGGCCUACAAUUGAAUUUGGUCAUCCCAUUCUUGACCUAUAUAAUCUGCUUGGUUAAGGGCUGCACCACAUUGUGGGGAAUUGGCUAUUGUAAAAUUUACAAGGUAUAUAUCCAUCUCUAAUAUUCAUCGGGGAUAUCUAUUCACAUUGUUGUAACCCUUAAAAUAAAGCUACUGGAAAAGUACUGUACCUAGCAUUUGUUCUGCAGAAUUGUAUAAUGUAACAUUGAUAGCGAAGAUGCUCGUGCAUCUGCUGUUUUAAUUGAAAACAGGAGCAAAUAACUUUAAGUGGCAACUAUAAGCCUUUCUCUUUCAAGCAUAAAUGAAAUCAAUAUGCUCAAAUUUGCUCUCUUGAA